AUGGAUCGCCGACCUAAUCACCAGCCAGGGGCAUCAGCAUUGCCAUACCCCUUAGAGUCCACCAUUCCAGCAGGCCCCUCGUCCGAGCCGGAGCCGGGCCCCUCCCACCAGCGCCAGCGCCACCACCAGCACGAUGGCGCGCAAGCAUCGUCGUCGUCCCAUUCGCCCCUGCCAGCGCAUUCGGAUCCCUUCGCGCUGCUUCGACGCUUCAACACGGUGUUCCUGAUCGACGACUCGGCGUCGAUGGCGCCGUACUGGGGGCAGGUCGGGGCGCUGCUGGAGCGGGCGGCGCCGGUGUGCGUCGAGCGCGACGGCAACGGCAUCGACCUCUUCUUCGUGAACCACCGGCCGCGCGGCUACGCGGCGUACUGCCUCGUCGACCGCGGCGCCGAGCGGCUCGGCUACCGGCACAUCGGGCGCCACCGCGCCGCGGGCGCCGGCGCCGGCCAGAUGCGCGACAACGUCGCCGGCAUCCUCGCGAGCGUCCGCCCGCGCGGCGGGUGCCGCCUCGGCCGCAGCCUCGCGCGCCUCCUCGACGAGCACCUCGCGCUGUGCCCGCCCCCGCUGCGACGGCCCCGCGCCCGCGGCGCCGACGGGCGCCGCUGGCCCACCCCUCUCAACCUGAUCGUCGUCACCGCCGGCGAAGCCGGCGACGACUUCGGGGGGGUCCUGGAAGGGCUCGAGCGCAGGCUCGAGCGCAUCGACGCGCCCCCGGGCCAGGUCGGCGUACAGGUCUUCCGCGUCGGAGACGUGUCGGAUGAGCUGCGGGACGCGAUUGAGGGCGCUAGAGGCCCGGCGGGCAAAGGGCUGGACCUGCCGGAUUUCCUGGACGUGACGACGUGGAGCGGGAAGCCCGGGGAGCUAUCCGAGGAGGCUUUGCGAAGGGCGCUGGAGGAUAAGGGAGCCUACGGCUACGGUAAGGAGUUUCCCAGGGAGCUGUACAGGAACGGGCUGGAGCAGCGCCUCGUGGAGAUGUGGAUGGCGGACACGCCGGGGGCGGCGCGCGUGCGCGUGCUCAGCGGCAUCGUCGGCCCCAGGGAGGGAUACUCGGCGAGCUGCGCGGGGCGAGAGUUCGCCAAGUUCCUGCGGGCGCGCAGCCCGCAGCGAGCGGUGGUGGUGCGGGUCUACGCCAAGAACCGCAGCGCGACGCCGGACGCGCUGCUGCUCCAGUUCCUCGGCUCUCUCGUCUGGGGCCUGCUGGCCCUCGUGCCCGACGCGUUCGAGGUCUCCCCCGCGGACGGCCUGCGCCGCCGGCACUUCGAGGCCUUCGCGCGCGGCGGCGCGGACGGCUUCGCCGCCGGCCUGGGCAUACUGCGAGCGCUCCCCCGGCUGGACCUCGAGGGCAAGAAGAUGCUCUGCAUCGUCGACGGGCUGGAUCUCGCCGAGGACGAGACCACUGCGGAGAACCUGCGCGCGCUAAUGGAGGCCCUCCAGCACGUUAUCGAAAGCAAUCGCGCGAAUCUGCUCUAUACCGUCCAGAAGCAGACCAGCUUGAUCAAGUAACUGGUGGCGCGAUUCCGAUAAUACCUCCCUAAUAUAAAUGAGACAUUUUGCUCUCACAGGGCAAUUGGAGAUACACUUGGCACGUCUUGAAGGACCGACUGGCCGGAUUUUGCCGACGCGUCGGCAUUUUUUAAUUGAUCGAAAGGAAGCUGGAUCCGUUAUCACGUCGCUAAAUUAGAUUAGAGAAGAGACCUGUAGCGAGUUGUGAGUUGUCGAGUUGUAGCGGGGCG